AUGCGCACAGGUCGAUGGCGAGAACACCAUUCUCUUAAGACCUGCGGAGAACUGACCAGGGCAGCAGCCAUGUACACACACCUCGCACUUCUCUCAGCCCUUGUGGCGUGCGCCUAUUCUGGUGACGUGGGUGGCGUCGGAUACGGUCCCGGACUUGGGGCCGCUGGUCUCGGUGGUGCCGGUCCAGGCCUAGGUGCACUAGGUCUCGGAGGGCUCGGACUAGGAGGCGUUGGACUCGGAGGUCUUGGACUGGGAGGUGCUGGACUCGGAGGUGCGGGACUCGGAGGUGCGGGACUCAGAGGUGCGGGACUCGGAGGUGCGGGAUUAGGAGGUCUUGGACUAGGAGGUGUUGGCCUUGGCGGCUUUGGUCCAGGACUCGCUGUCGAAGCUGGGCCCGUGGUGGCUGCACCAGUCGCUUUGGCAGCCCCAGUAGCAGCACCUGUCGCUGUCGCUAAGCCCGUGGCAACUGUGUCGUACGUGAAGCAGCCUGUGGUGCGCGUUGGCUAUGUGACCAAGCCGGUGGUCAACUACGUUAGGCAACCGGUGGCUUCAGUCUCACACACUAUCAGACCCGUGGUUACAUACACCGCAGGGGGUGUCGGGGCAGCUGCUGCUUUGGGCGGUCUAGGUGCCGGGGGUCUUGGAGGCCUGGGUCUGACCAAUGGGCUUGGUCUGGCAGGUCUAGGAGGUGGCCUCGGAUACGGUCUCGGAGGAGGACUUGCCGGUCUUGAUGGUCUCGGACUUGGAACCGGAGCUGGAGGCCUCGGCGCUGGGCUAACCUAUGGCUAUGGACCAGUAGGUGUCAAGAAGGGAUACAUUCGCCGUCGUCGUUAGAUGCGGCAUGAGCUCUCCGUUUACCUGAACGUCGUAUGCGUCAGAGCCUUGCGGCAC